AUGCCACUAAAAAAACAAAAGUUAGAUAAUAACAUUAAUUAUAUCAAUAACACAAAAUAUAAUAGUAAUAUAGAUAAUAGUAAUAAUAGCAAUAAUAAUAAUAAUAAUGAAAAAAAAAUAAUUGAUAACUUUAAAAAAAAUAAAUAUGAAAAAUUUACUUUAUUAAAUUUAAUUAAAAUAAUCAACUUUUAUAGAAAAUAUAAAGAAUGUGAAGAAAUUAGGGAAUUGGCAGUUGAAUAUUUUGGAGAAUAUCAUUUAUCUAAACCCAUAUACUAUAUAGAUAGAGAAGGAGAAUUAAUAGAUCAAAGGUUCAAUACACUCAGCAUUUCAAACUAUAAUGAUGAUUAUUAUAGGGCAGAAGGAAUUAAUAAUAAUAGUUGCGAAUAUAUAAUCAAUAUACCAGAUAUCGUUAUUCAAAAUAUAUUGGAGUUUACGUUAUUGGAUAAAGAAAGCUAUCAUGUAAAAUCAGUGUUCAAACUACCACCUCUAUAUUUCAGCUACAAUUCCAUAAGCCAAAUACCAUACGAAAUAGGUGCCAAAGAGUUGGAGGAGUUAUUUUCAACCAUAGAAACAUUUCAUAUUAACAGCGACGAGUAUUAUUUAAUAGAUAAAAGUGUACUAAACGAUAGAGUAAAAAAUGACCAUUUUUGUGUAGAUUUGGAUGAUAAUUUCGCAGAUAGUCUUUCAGAAGGUCAUAAUUAUUUAGUGUAUCCACCAAAAAUGCCUUCAUUAAAAAAUAUACAUAUCACAAGUUAUUACGGUUAUAAUAAUCAAUGCGAAUCACCCUAUCCAGAUUUUUAUUAUCAAUAUUUAUUUGAAAAUUCAAAAAGAAAAACAAAUAAUGGUGAUAAUAAUAUAGAUAGUAAUUUAGGUUAUGAUAAUAUAAUAAAACAAAGUGGUCUAGAAAAUAUUUCAAUUCAGGGAUUCAAAACUAACGAUUGCUAUUUUAGUUUUUUAUAUCAUCUUUUAAAAAAUAAUUUAGAGACUUUAAAAACCAUCACAAUGGAGUUAGAGGAUUAUGUUUUUUCUCAAUAUAUCGACUUAUUUAGCGAAACCAGUAAAAAUAAACUUGAAGAAGACGUGAUAGAAAUAUUUAUCAAAAGUAGCAAAACUGUAGAGUAUAUAAUCACAAUCGAUAAUAAACCUUUAGAUGAAUACGUUGAUAAUAUUCCAACUAUUUCAUAUUAUCCAAAUGCUGAUAAUUCAAAUGUAUUCACAGAUACAUUAUAUCUAAGAUUGUCAAAUUUCCAAGGACCCAAUAAUUACUUUUUUUUAACUAAUGAUAACCCUUCGUCAUUCAAUGAACCAUAUUUGAUUGGUUCAAAAGAUAACACAAAUUAUACUUUUUUAGCACCAAUUGCAAGUGAUCCCUUAAAAAAUAUCAACUAUUCAUUAUGUUUUUAUAAGGCAGAUGGUUUUCUUGCUCAAUAUAACACCCAAUAUAAACAAGAAGUUUUAAAAACAUAUUCCGAAUUAUCAAAUGAAUAUAUAGUGGGUUCAAAUUACAAAUAUAAUAUCAAUAAUAAAGUUCAAUCAUUGUAUGGUAUUCAGGAUUUAGAUAAACUUCCAUCGAGUUUUGAUUAUUUAAAUGGAUUAAGAAGUGUAUCAUUCCUUUAUAAUGACUUAAAUGUUACCGAUACUGGUCAUUCAAAUAAAAUGUUAAUAAGGUUAAAUAAUUAUCCAUUUGGUAGAGAAGUUAAAGUUACAUUUGUCUAUUCAGAUUAUAGAGCAAAUGAAAGAAAAGAAUCAGUUUAUUCAACCUUUCACGAAGCUUCUCAACAACAUGAAUUGGAAUUUAAUAUACCAAAGAAUAUUAAACCUGGUGAUGUUAGUUACAUGAUAACAUUAGAUUCAUUGGACACUAUAAACUAUUAUAGUUUUGCUUUGCCAAGUAGUUAUCAAUUAAGAAUUGCUGAAUCAAAAAAUGUUGAUUUAUUUGGACCAAUAGUAACUGAAAUAUCACACAUUGCAAAUUCAAAUGAUGUUGGAUGGGUCUUUACCAUAGAGGAGGGAUCAAAUGGCUUUAGUAAAGGAAUUAUAACAGUAAAAGCUUCUAGCGAUUUAAGUGAGAGAAAUAUUACAAUCACUCCAGCCAAUAUGGCCAAUGGUGGUACAGUUUUUAAGGGGGUUUAUUCUGCCUCGUUUAAAACAACAGCAAAAUGUGCAACCCAAUUUUAUUCAAUUGUCUAUGCAUAUUUUGAAGAUACUGAAGGCUAUUUUACAGAGUAUAGUUCCAUUAAAGUUAAUAAAAAGAAUCCCUUUUAUUCAUUGUUCCAAGGAGGAUUAAAAUCAUUAUCUUUAUCAGUAGAAUGUCCCUCAUUGUCACCAAGUGGUGGUUUUAAUAUUAAACCAAGUUUAAGUUCAUUUACUGUAACAUCAAGCUCUCAAUUUUCAUUUGGUGUAACUAAAGAAUCUAGAACUUUGGUAUUCGAGUAUGAUGUUUAUCACCAAAACGGUAUUUCAAACUUUUUGCCAACCGUUUAUAUAUCUGCAUCAGCUUAUAGAUAUGCUAAAUCAGAGAAAACGAUAUUAAUAUCCAGUAAUGAUACAAAUUCAGUUUUUCAAUCUUUCCUCGAAGUACCUUAUCUAUUGGUUGAUAAUGGGGAGAUCAUUUAUUUCCAACUUUAUGGUGUUAUUUCAAAUGCUGGUACUUUAGCUGGUUUCUACAAUGAAGAAAUAAAGCUCAAAUUCCCUGAUUCUGCAGUUAUUGGUGCUGCUGACAAUAGCUUUCCACUUAUUGAAAGCUCUUCAAAACUAUCAAGUACAGGUUUGGGUGGUCUUUGGAUCUAUGGUUUGUUACUACAUUUGGCUAUAGAUUUUAGAAUUCAAUAUAGUGAUGGCACCAUUCAAAACAUAACACCUCUCUAUAGAUCAUCAACUGCAAUUUAUUUUUCAACAACCAAACCAACCAAUUCACCUGUCAGAGUCAGUGCAUCUAAUAGCAAUGGUGUUUAUAGUUUACCUUUAACAAUUUACCCAGAAGUUUUUAAUUUUCCAACUGAUGGAGAAGAAAGUAACAAUAGCUCCAAUUGCAAAGGUACACCAUUGUGUGGAGGUCCAGAACAAGGUAUAUGCUAUCCAAAAGGCUGUAAAUGUAUUUCCCCAUGGACAAGCAAUGACUGUAUGUCAAAGAUUGUUACAGUGCCACCACCAAAAAUUAAUGAAACUACUCCAUCAACUAAUAUUACAAUCGGUGAAGAUAUAUCAUUUACAAGUAUUGUAUCAAUCGUUGGUAUAAAAGAAUUGGAUAUUGAAUCAAAAGAAGUAAACAGAUAUAUUUUUGAUCAAUGGGAGUAUAGAUUAAUAUCGAACGACUCUAUUAGCACCCAAUAUAGCUAUUCAUCAAUUAUCAAAAAAGACAAUAAACAGGUAUCCAAUAUCACUGCAACUUUAAUCUGGUAUAAGGAAAGUCAAUCUAUAUUUUUUGCAGGUCAACAGCUAGAGAUGAAUCCUUCAACUAUUAAAUAUACAAUCAAUAUUACAAGCUAUCCAUUUUCAACUAAACUAAAUACAUUACAAUUAAUAAUGAAAGCGUCUAUUCAAACCAAUAGCACAGAUUCAUGUUCAAAUGCACAGUUUGGUAAUUUAACAAGGGAAAAUUCUGACUAUUUAAAACUUCAAGUUGAUAAUCAUUCAUUCUAUGGCAGAUUCGUCAAAAGAUGUAUCAUUGAUGACACAAAACUUUCAACAUUAACAAAUACAAUUUUAGAUUCAUCAAUGAAUGAUGCUUUGAUAAAUGAUCAUCAAACAUCUCAAUCCUACAUUGGUAUUAAUAUUAAUCAAUUUACCGAUAAUGUAGUAAUUGAUCCAGAUUUCAGUAUAUUAUUAGAUUCAAACUCUGUAGGUUCAAGUUGUAAAGAUAGCUCAGGCCUUACCAAAUCACAAUUAGCAGGUAUUAUCGUAGGUGGUGCAUGUUUUUUCAUUGUUAUUCUCAUCAUUUUUUUAUUUAUCAUUUAUAAAUCACCACGUUGUUUAGGAUCCAAAAUAUUUUUUUAUAAAUUAUUCAAAAAAUCAAAAAUAUAA